UGAGGAUUGAGACGAGACUUUUUCCAGUACGAGUACAUGGCCAAGGAUAAGAUACAUCCCCCUUGAACCUGGCAUCUUGCGUCUUCCGCCGUUUUUCUCUCGCUUUCAGCCUGCUUCGGGAAAAGAAGAUCUUGAAGAAACCCAGUCUGCCGCAGCACGUUGCGCCCGAGGCCACGGCGGACUUCCUCUCAUCUUCUGCCUGCUCUCUUGGUGUUCCUUCGACUUAUCUAUUUCCGUAUAUACUGCAGCGCUUGUUUCGUCUGCUUCGCUCGUCUCCCGCCUGAUCUUCAACCCUACUUUUUAUUGCUAAUUCAGACGAAGGGGCCUAAGGUCGACCGCGGUCAUCAUCCUUUUGCAUCCCCCCGCAUUCAGUCCAGCACAGCCUUACGUAGACUGCGGCCGCGAGGUCACUCCUACAAGUCUCUGGGCGAAGACCGUUGCGGCACGCAAUCUUGACCAUGAGUGUACCCGGCCAUCAUGGAAGGUCGGAAGGCGAAAUGUUUCUAAAUCGACCCUCCGAUCGCGACUCACCUACCAUCGUCGAACCACUGCGCAUCAACAAGAGGACGGCCAGUGCAUCCUCUGGCGUGUCAGCCACAGCCGGAAAGCAAAGUCCUGCUCCUCAACAGCCUGCUCAGAGCACAGCUGUCUAUCCUAUGCCAUCUUUACCCUAUCCAGACGAGCGAAGCAGGCAGCAGGCGCAGUCCUCACGACCCAAUGGCAAUCCCGCAUCGAAUUCAUACCCAUACCCAGAUGUAAGGAGAGUGACUUCUCCAGAGCAAAACCCAAGCGGGACAAGACAACCAGGGCAGCGAAGGACUUCAGGAGGUGGUCAGACGCUUGCGGAGCGGCGUGGAACUAUACCAAAGCCAUUGCCAGAAUCACCAGGGCCGGACGCUCCCGAUAAAGAAGGCCUGUUCCAGCGCCCACCACAACGCGGAGACGGUCCAGCUACGGCGCCCUUGCCAGGAAGUCAAAGCCAGAGCAGUCAGCAGUAUUGGCCGCCUCCGUCGACUGCAUCUACCACAGACGCAUUGAGCAGGCUAAAGAUCAGAGAUCCAUCCUCGAUCAAUCGGAUAAGCUCAACUGCCUCCACAUCUACCACAAGAGCUCAGCGGGGAUCACCCCCUCCGCCCGAGACCCCAAUUGUAGAUCUUGCUGCACGUCCACAGACUGACAUCGAGGCCCGCUACGCCGCCUCUGGGAUUGCUGGUACGGCGACUUUGACUAGCUUGCAGGCUCAAAGUCUGGCUGCACAGCAAAGGGCAGCUCAGUAUGGGGCAUCUGCUCAACCGCAGAGUAGUGACCCUCCGAGACGGCCAUGGACUCCAACAGAAGCCCCGGGCGCCAGUCCUCAUCCACCCCCAACGGUCUAUCAGGGCAUGGGAGUGGUGCAGCCAUCUCCGCCUACAGCUGCAGCAGUCCCAGCGACCCAGCCUACCGUUUCCUCUCCUGGACGAGCCCCUCAUCCCGUCGAAAAUGAGAUCUCGAGGUUACAGCCUCAUGAAGAGCCGCCGCCGGCGUACUCUCAGGUAUCUGGAGCGAACGGCCGCCGCGCAGCUGAGAAACAACGACAAAGUAUGGUCGGGUCGGGUACAUCGGCUCCCGUUGCCGCAGCCCCGGCUGCUGCGGUUGCGGCGGAUACCAUGUCCAGCGCGCCAAUGCCCAACCAGCAGGACCAUCCGGCUUUUGCAAACGAUCCGAGGCAAAACUCCCAGAGGCCUGCCCUGCACCCAGCUGUGAACGGUCAAGUGAGCAACGCGCAGCCCGCGAUGCCGCAAACACCCUCACAAAUUCCUCCGGCAUCUCCUCCGCCGCUUCCAGAGGGGUGGAUUGCCCAUCUUGACCCUAACUCCGGACAGUACUACUAUAUCCAUUUACCUACACAGUCUACUCAAUGGGAGUUCCCCAAAGGUCCCACACCCCUUAAUCUGGGUGAUACGCCGCUAUCUCCAGUGGGCAGCGUGUACCAGAACCCCCUUGCUUCCCCUGGACUUUCUUUCAGCCAGAAGCCACUAGCAUCGCCAGGCCUGCCACUAUCUCCAGGCUACGAUCAACAGAGUAUGAUGAGUCUGUCGAAUCCCGCCGCAUUCACAGGCCCACCUCCUAGCAGUGGUAUAGACAUCUACAAAGUUGUGGCUACAAAUGGCGUGUACUUUGGCCCAUACCUGCGCUAUACCAACAUGGACAUAGAGCGAGGCAUAUGGUACGGAUCUAUUCUUCUCGUGACGGAUGCGCCCCAACCGCCUACCAUUCAUAUUCAUCAGAGUCUUGACCUGUCUCCAAACCCGCGGCAACUGAAAGCUGCCAAUAUAUCCCAGCAUCAACGAUGGUCUUUCUACAAGUAUGAGAUUGAUCUCCUCAUGGAAGAAUCUGGACCGGCGAAAUGGACCUAUGCUAUCACCUCCCAUCUUGGAUGUACUCGUUAUGAGUUUCUGGUGGCUGGUAAACACGAGACGAAUUGGCGGUUCAUUGCUACCUCGGGUAACGACUUUACACUGAACGUAAGCGCCAACGAGCGCGCCCGCCUAGGCGGUGUGGGAUUCAUGUGGAAGGACAUCAUGCAGAAGCAUGCCGAAUGCGGUGGCUUUCACUGCCAACUCGGACUGGGAAGUCAGAUAUACGCUGACCGCAUGUGGAAAGAGAUCCCUUCGUUGAAACAGUGGCUAGGGAUGAGCGGGAAAGAGAACAGAAAGAACGCCGUCUGGACUGCGGCGCACGAGGAGGAUGUGACGCAUGCGUUUUUUCACUAUUACACGAGUCAUUUUGACCAGCCUCAUUUACGUGAAGCUUUCGCUCAAAUACCCUACAUUUUGACGCUUGACGACCAUGAUAUCUUUGACGGAUUCGGAUCUUACCCCGAGUACAUGCAAUUCAGCAACAUGUUUAAGAAUAUCGGACGCAUUGGAAUUGAGAUGUACCUGCUCUUCCAGCACCAUACAACACUCGAGCUUCUACGCAAUUUAUCUGACGACCGCGACCUGUUUACCAUCACAGGCACUGGCUGGCAUUUUGUCAAGUUCUUGGGUCCCGCCGUAGCUGUUGUUGGUCCAGAUACCAGAAGUGAGCGAAAUCCUCACCAAGUCAUGGCCGGCCCAACGUACCAAGGAUUGUUUCCGAAGAUCGCGUUGCUCCCGCAAACCAUUCAGCAUUGUAUGCUGAUGGUACCCGUGCCUCUGAUUUACCCUAGACUCGACGCUGCAGAGCAGAUUGCGCACACCAUGGCAACGGGAAAGAAAGCUGUGACAGGAGCAUACAACGUCCUUGGUAAAGUUACGAGCUCUGUUGCGGGAGUUGUCGGUGCCAAAGGUGCAGUGGGCUCGGGCUUCGACUCUGUCAAACGCGCCGUGGGGAAGUCCGGACUCAUGGGAGGCAUUUUGAACCCGUUCGGUGAUAUCGAUGUGCUGGAUGAGCUCAAAGAUCAGUGGACACAUGAGUCAAAGGACCUGGAACGCACCUACUUCAUCCGCACCCUUCAGGGCAUAUCCCAUCAACGCUCGAUAAGGAUGACAUUCAUCUCCGGUGCAGUGAACACGUGUGGUGCAGGCCUCGUUCACGACCCCUCCCACCCGUCGGAUCACAAGACGAUGUACCAGCUCAUCUCGAGCAGUGUCGUCAACACUCCGCCGCCAGGCUAUGUCAUGAAGCUGCUGAACAACAAUAAGCCACUGUACAUCCCGCCGAACGGGCAGCGCAGCGCGCCGAACCAGCCAACGGACACGAAGGAGGACAUGAUGGAGAUCUUUACGCACGAUGUCAAUGGACAGGCUGUGAAUAAUCGAAAGUUGAUGGCGAGACGGAAUUAUGUGGCGAUCGUGGUGUAUGACCCGGAGAUCGUGAAUGGAACAUUUGGGUCCACAGGGAUGCAUCGGGGUGGAGGCCGGCUGAGUCUCGCGGCGGAUUUUCUAGUCCAGGGAGAGGGCGCUUAUGGGAAUGUGGUCAAGUAUGGGCCUGUUGUUGUGCCGAGUCUGGAGUUUGGGAGGUAGGAUGAUCGAGUGGAGGACACGUUGGAUAUGCCGGUUUAAUUGAAGAAGUGGUUAUGAAUAAGACAGCGAGGUUUUUGCAUAGCGGUUGGAGCCGUGUCUGCUUUCUGUAUGACUUGGCCAUGUUCUUGAACAAACGGGCAACCAAAAAAGAUUCUAGUCUCUAGAGAUGCUCCGGGACGGAAAAAGCAUCUCGUGAAGCCUUGGCUUGGCAUCGGG